UUGCGUUGUCAGACGGCGGAGGAUAUCGUUCGUGGCCGGGAUAAGGGAACAGAGAGAGAGGGAGAGAGAGAAGGUGACUCGAGAACCUUGCCGCCAGUGUCCGACGGUGGUGCGUGUCCAGAGACGGACCAGAGCUCUCUGCUAUCACUUCGAGAGUCGUUUCCUCGCAACGCGAGGAUCGCGCAGCGUUUAAUCCAUCCUCGGAUCGAGCGGGCGCACCUCAGGAUCCAGCAGAAGCCACAUCGUCCGAUUGAUCCGCCGAUUUUCUCCAUCGAUUUUCUCCGCCGAUUUUCUACAACGUCGAGGCACACCAUCCCUCCGGAAGAUCUACCGAUCGAUCGAUCCGAUUCCACGAGAAAAUCGGUGCCGGUGCGCCUUGGAUCCGCCAGCGACGGUGGAUACUAAAUCGUGAAUACUAAUCUCCAGUUCGGCGAGCCAUUCUAUCAGACACGACCGUUCAAGAACCACCGAGGACAAUGUCGGGCAUUAUCGAGACCUACAAAGACUACAUGUACAACAAAUAUGAUCCAAGGACCGUCGACUGGUUCCUGAUGAGGCAUCCAGGACCGUUGCUGGUGAUCCUGGCCAGCUACCUCUACUUCUCGACGUCGGCUGGCCCAAGGUACAUGAGGGACAAAAAACCAUACGACUUGAAGUACGUGAUGAUAGUGUACAACAUCGGACAAGUGAUAAUUAGCGUAUAUCUCUUCUCUGAGGCUCUGAACAGCGGAUGGUUGUACGAAUAUAGUUACACUUGUCAGCCGAUCGACUACUCCGAUAACCCGUUGGCGCUUAGGAUGGCGCAGGCGGUGCACAUGUACUUCAUGACUAAGCUGGUGGAGCUGCUUGACACGCUGUUCUUCGUGUUGCGUAAGAAGAAUCGUCAGAUCAGCGCGCUGCAUCUGUUUCACCACACGUUGAUGCCGAUAUGCGCAUGGGUAGGCUGCAGGUGGUUGCCGAACGGUCACGGCACCUUCCUGGGCUUGCUGAACACGUUCGUCCACGUGGUGAUGUACAGUUACUACCUGUUGGCCGCGAUGGGGCCCAGCAUGGACAAAUACCUUUGGUGGAAGAAAUACCUGACGAUAAUGCAGCUGAUCCAGUUCGCCCUCGUAUUUCUGCACAACGUUCAGAUAUUCUUCAACGGCUGCAACUACCCGAAGGGCAUCGUGGCUCUGCUGUCUUUGAAUGCCUUGAUCUUCUUCUGGAUGUUCGGCACGUUCUACUAUGAGAACUACGUUAAGGACAAACCGAAAAGGCUAGCGCAGAGAAACAGCGAGAAAAGCGACAGAAACGGCAACAGCAGAAGCAAAAACAAAAGCAACAAGACCAACGACAAAACGGAAUAGAGCUGAACGAUCACGAACCGUAGCACAGAUUCCCAUUCACGCGUAAUUUCAUCGUUCCGUCGGUACUGGGACUAUCGAGAGCCCGGCCUAUGCCGACCGUGUUCCCUAUCGUAACGACGAACUUCACGGGCGACGAUUCGAGCGGACCACCACAUUGGCGUAGAAAUUCCUUUUUUUACCGCGCAUCGCUUUGUACCUCGUACCUGUAUCACUGCUGCAAUAUUACAACGGGGGAUCUCGUUUCGCGAGUCCUUUGUCACGCGAUAACUUCCGACAGUUUCUGGUGGGAGGGGGGAGGGGGGACUGAUACAAUUUGUACGGCGUCGAUUGGGUUCAAGUCGUCACUAUGGCAGCAGUCUGUAUCUCGACGAGGGUCCUUAAUAAAUAAAUGAAAUUUAUACUAAAUAAAUAAAAUAUUAAACAGAA